AUGAACAUCAGCGCACUGCUCAACUCGUACUACGACCUGUCCGGGGAGCAGAUGAACCACAUCAACGAGUUCGUGGCCCGGGCCUUGCUCCACGUGAUCCACCACUACAUCCUCAGCGUGACCCCGUCGCUGGUGUUGACCCUUUGCUGCCGGAGCAAUCACACGUGCAACUUCUACAACGAGAUGAUGAACACCUUGUUCCGGCAGUGGGGAUUGGCCCCGGUGCAGAUCGUGAAUGUGGAGCGGGAUGUGCCCUGGCGUCCGAUUCCGGGUCGCCGGCACUUCAACGUAAUCUUCACCGACUCCUUUGCCGCCUUCGAGGAGAUCCGGAUGGAGUACUAUGCCCGGGAGUACAACUACAACGAGCACUACUUCAUAUUCCUGCAGGCGCGGGAUCGCCUGCUGCAGGGCGAGAUGCGGCUGAUCUUCGACUACUGCUGGCGAUACCAGUUGAUCCACUGCAGCAUUCAGGUGCAGAAGUCCAACGGGGACAUCCUGUUCUACAGCUAUUAUCCCUUUGGGGAGCGGGGUUGCUCGGACAUGGAGCCGCAGCUGAUCAAUCGCUAUAAUGGCAGCAUGCUGGUGGAACCGGAGUUGUUCCCCCGAAAACUGAGAAACUUCUUCGGCUGUCCCCUGCGCUGUGCCCUGUGGAAUGUGCCGCCCUUCCUCGGGCUGGCCGAGGACCAGGAGGACGUCCUGGUCGUGAGCGGCGGCUACGAGGGUCGCCUGCUCUUGGCGCUCGCCGAGAAGAUGAACUUCACCAUCGCUGUGCGCAAGGUGCAUGCGAAUGUGAGGAACGAGGCCCUGGAGAUGCUAAAACGUGGCGAGGCGGACCUGACUCUGGGCGGGAUCCGGCAGACGGUGGGCAGGAGUCUGGUGGCCACUUCGACGAACAACUACCACCAGACGCGGGAGGUGUUCGGAGUCCUGGCCUCCAGCUACGAACUGAGCACCUUCGACAUCCUCCUCUACCCGUACCGCCUGCAGAUCUGGCUGGGGAUCCUCGGAGUGGUGCUCCUGUCCGCGCUCCUCCAGUUGGCGGUGGACAGGAUGCUGCGGGAGGGCCAGGGAUCGCGGACCUGGCUCAAUCUGGAGCUGAUCUUCGUGGGCAUGCCGCUGCUGGAGACGCCGAGAUCGCAGACCGCCCGUCUCUAUUGCCUACUGCUGAUGAUGUACACCCUGAUCAUCCGGACGAUAUACCAGGGACUGCUGUACCACCUGAUCCGGACCCACCAGCUCAAUCGAUGGCCACAAACGAUUGAGUCGCUGGUGCAGAGGAACUACACGGUGGUGCUGACGCCCAUCGUCCAGGAAGCGCUGGAGGAGAUUCCCAGUGUGCAGCACAUGAAGUUCCGGCUGCUAGAGGCCACCUCCGAGCUGGAUCCCCUCUACUUCCUGGAGGCGAAUCACCAGCUCCGGCAGCACGUCACCGCCUCCGCCCUGGACAUCUUCAUCCACUUCAAUCGCCUGAGUGCGGAGCGGAUCCACCGGAGUGGCGGGCAGGGCACUGGAGCCCACUUCGAGAUCGUUCCCGAGGACAUCAUCAGCAUGCAGCUGACCAUGUACCUGGGCAAGCACUCCUUCCUCAUCGACCAGCUCAACGAGGAGAUCAUGUGGAUGCGGUCGGUGGGUCUGCUGACCGUGUGGGCCAUGUGGGAGCUGGACGAGAGCUAUCUGCACUACGAGCAGAGCUUCCAGAUCUUCGGCAUCAUGGAGCUGUAUGCCAUAUUUCUAAUGGUGAUGGUGGGCCUGAUACUCGGCCUGGUCGUCUUUCUCCUGGAACUCGCAUCUCAGCGUUCGCUUUUUUUGAGGAAACUAUUUUCGUCGCACUUGUGGAGAAAAGCUCGCUAA